AUGGCAGAUUUAGGAAAGAGUUCACUGAAAAGGCCCAGAAUCAAAAGGAAAGCAAUUUUUGAAAGCAGCGAUGAUUCAAGUGAGGAUUCAAGUGAUGAUUCAAGUGAUGAGCCUCUUUCUCGUGUAUUUAUCAUCAAAACACUUUCUAAAAAGGCAGAUUUAGAAAAGAAUUUACAGAAAAGUGCCACUAUCAGCAAGAAAGUAAUUAAUGAAAGCAGCAAAGAUUCAAGUGAUGAGCCUCUUUCUCGUGUAUUCAACAUCAUAACACUUCCUAAAAAGGUAGGUUUAGGAAAAAGUUCACUGAAAAGGCCUGGAAUCAUAAGGAAAGCAACUUUUGAAAGCAGUGAUGAUUCAAGUGGUGAGCCUCUUUCUCGUGUAUCCAAUAUCAAAAUAAUUGCUAAGAAACCAAGUUUAGAAAAGAUUUUACUGAAAAGUGCCACAAUCAGCAAGAAAGUAAUUGAUGAAAGCAGCGAAGAUGCAAGUGAUGAAAGCAGUGAAGAUUCAAGUGAUGAGCCUCUUUCUCGUGUAUCCAACAUCAAAACACUUUCUAAGAAAGCAGAUUUAGAAAAGAAUUCACUGAAAAGUGCCACAAUCAGCAAGAAAGCAAUUAAUGAAAGCAGCGAAGAUUCAAGUGAUGAAAGCAGUGAAGAUUCAAGUGAUGAGCCUCUUUCUCGUGUAUCCAACAUCAAAACACUUGCUAAAAAAGCAGAUUUAGGAAUGAAUUUACUGAAAAGUGCUAAAAUCAGCAAGAAAGCAAUUUCUGGAAGCAAUGAUCCUGGUGAAAGUACUUCUAGUGAAAUAUUACUGAAUUGUCAGAGUUCCAUUUCUUCGGAUAGUGAAGAUAAUUUCAGUGAAGCUGGUCCUUCUGAAUGCUCUUCAAAGUCAUAUUUUUUUAAUCCGGAUAUUUUUGUUAAAAGCAAUUAUUCUUUGUGCAAUCAAGCACCAAAUGAUGGACUUGGCAGACAUUUGGCAGCUUUGUAUGCUGAGCUUUCACGCUUGUGGUUUAAUAGAAGUGAUUACGAUGCCAGUUAUCAGUAUAGUGUUAAGGCUUUGAAAUAUUUGAGAGGCGAUGCUCCUGCCAAAGUUAAGAUUGAUGUUCUUCGUCAAGCAGCCAAAUCUUGUGUGGUAAAAAGAGAUUUUGCAAGAGCAGGGUUGUUGAUCAGAUUAGCCGUUUACUUAGCCAGAGAAACAUUUGGAUUGAAACAUCCUAAAUACUCGGAUGCUCUAAUAGAUUACGGGUUCUAUUUGCUUAAUGUAGAUUCUAUAGCUCACAGUGUCAAAAUAUAUAAGGAUGCUUUAGAUAUAAAAUAUGCCAUAUUUGGAGUAUACAAUCUUCAUGUGGCCAUAGCACAUGAAGAUCUUGCCUAUGCACUCUAUGUACACGAAUACAGCUCUGGGCGUUUCUACAAAGCACGAGAAAAUGCUGAAAAGGCCAUAGAAAUUAUGCAGCGUUUAGUUCCUAGCAAUCAUCUGAUGCUGGCUUCUGCGAAACGUGUAAAAGCUCUUAUUUUGGAAGAGAUUGCCCUGGACAACAUAGGUGAAGCAGAGAAUGAACUUUUGUAUGAGUCCGAAAAACUACACUUAACUGCUUUGGAAUUAUCUACAAUGGCCUUUGGAGAACGGAAUGUCCAGACUGCUAAACAUUAUGGAAACCUCGGGAGACUUUAUCAGAGUAUGAAGAAGUUCAAGGAGGCAGAAAGUAUGCACCUAAAAGCGAUUGCAAUUAAGGAGCAAUUGCUGGGAUCUGAUGAUUACGAAGUCGGUUUAUCUGUGGGUCAUUUAGCAUCUCUCUAUAAUUAUCAUAUGCUACAAUACAGGGAGGCUGAGACACUUUACCAUCGCAGUAUUGCUAUAAGUUUAAAGUUAUUUGGUGAAACUUAUUCAGGACUUGAAUACGAUUAUCGUGGCCUGGUGCAUGUUUAUCAUGAAUUGAAUGACAAUGACAAGAUGUGGCAGUAUGAGGAAACAUUAAGUCGCUGGAGACAAUUGAGAAGAGAUCAGGUGCCCAAUCAAGUAGAAAUAGAUAUUCAGGAACCAAUAAGUAUAGAAGAUGUCACACGAAGGUUUUUUGCAAUGUGCAAACAUAAAUAAGUGGUAAAAGA